AUGGGAAAUAAGAGAAAGCAUAUUGAGACACAGGUCAUUGAACCUGCAAAGAAAGAAGAAAGUGCAUCAGAAAGACCCAAAAGGACACUCUUUGGUUGGAAAGACAAAACUGAAGAGAAAGAAACUGACCCUGUGCCUCCUCAUCAGGGUAGUUUUAGAAAUAAAGAGAAAGUCUUGGUUACUUGUUCAAGGCGUAUCAAUUUCAGGUAUAGGCACUUGAUGUUGAAUUUGGUGUCACUUUUGCCACAUUGUAAGAAGGAUAGUAAGGUUGAGUCUUCAAGUACUAAAGCCGCGACGCUGAAUGAGCUUGUUGAGUUAAAGAAUUGUUCUUCCGCUUUGUUCUUUGAGUGCAGGAAACAUAAAGAUUUGUAUCUAUGGAUGGCCAAGUGCCCUAGUGGUCCAUCCGUGAAAUUCUUAGUCAAUGCCGUGCACACAAUGGAAGAAUUGAAGCUUACAGGAAAUCAUCUGAAAGGGUCAAGGCCUCUCUUGACUUUCUCAGCUAAUUUUGAUAAAGAUGUCCACUGGAAACUCAUGAAGGAGAUGAUCAUUCAGAUUUUUGGGACUCCAAAAGAUCACAGGAAGGCUAAGCCUUUUUAUGACCAUGUCUUUGUUUUCUCCAUUGUUGAUGACCAUAUAUGGUUUAGGAAUUACCAGACAUCUGUCCCUCAUAACGAAACAGAUAAAAUAGCCCGAGGAGGCCUGGAUAAGAUGACCCUUGUUGAGGUUGGUCCAAGAUUUUGCUUGAACCCUAUCAAAAUUUUUGGUGGCAGCUUUGGAGGCCCAACAUUGUAUGAGAAUCCAUUUUUUGUAUCCCCUAACCAGAUUCGAGCACUGCAGAAAAAGAAGAAGGCUGGAAAGUUCGCCAAGAAAGUCAAAGCCAAGACAAGGAGGAAGAUGCACGAGCAAUCAAACCCACUGGAGCCUGAUGAAUUUGCAGACAUGUGGAAGGAAUGA